UUUUUGCAGAUGAGAAAGUCCUUCUUCCUGAUAUGGAGAUGAUGUCGCCUUUUUAUCGUUGAGAAUUCCCAGCUGCUGUCGAAGCAUGGCGUUUGACUUUUCGAAAUACCGACGUGACUUCGACACGGCAUUUUUCACGGACAAUUCCGCGAUUAGGUUUGGUUCCGAGGAACACAAGGAUUUCUGGGUUUUUUGUGAAAAAUUGUACAAACUGAAGUCAAGAACUCUUGCUGGUCGCUCGCGAAGUAAAGGGGAUCUCAACCCCAACCACUUGGUGUGUGUGGAAUGCAUCGCGUCUUCUAGUGGUAGGAAAUGGGUCGUUGAAGACGCAAUCACGAGGAUGCCUUUCCGAGACCCCGAUUCCUCGAAACCACCUGUUCCCGUGGAACGACUCAAGGAAUUCGCCGAGAUCAUCGCCAAGUUCCUGGAUUUCAUGCAGAAGGAAAAAUUCCGGAAACUUCGGAAGCUCCGGGAAGCGCAGAAGAAUUUACCAAUAGCGGAGCACGAAAGCGACAUCGUCAACUAUGUGAAGAAUUUUCCGGUGGUUUUGAUUGCCGGUGACACCGGAUGCGGGAAAUCGACGCAAGUUCCGCAGUACUUGUUGAAAGCAGGGUUUUCGAGAAUAGCUUGCACGCAGCCUCGAAGGAUUGCAUGUAUUUCUCUCUGUCAGCGUGUAGCUUAUGAAACCUUGAACCAAUAUGGCGAUGAAGUCGGAUAUCAAGUUCGUUUUGAACGGGCAAAAACGAAAGCUACGAGGAUUGUUUUCUUAACUGAGGGACUCCUUCUGAGGCAGAUUGUUGGAGAUCCGACGCUGACGCAGUAUGACGUAAUUGUCCUGGAUGAAGUUCAUGAACGGCAUCUACAAGGCGAUUUUCUGCUUGGCAUUCUCAAGUGUUUGAUGUAUAAGCGAAAAGACUUGAAGAUCGUUCUCAUGUCUGCUACUAUAAAUAGUGAGAUGUUCACCGACUACUUUUUCAACUUGACGCCGAUUGUCCAGGUCCCUGGUCGACUUUACCCGAUUGAAGUUGUGUACUGGCCUGUUGUUUCCGAAGAAAAAGCGGGUCGAAUCAGUCCAAGCCCUUAUAUAAGGAUUCUCCACAUGAUCGACGAGAAAUAUCCCGCGGAAGAACGAGGCGAUGUUCUGAUAUUUCUCAGUGGAAUGGCUGAAAUCACUGCUAUAGCCGAUGCAGCGAAAGAAUACGCUCAGAAAACCAAUCGAUGGAUAAUUUUGCAGCUUCACAGUUCGCUUUCAAUCGAAGAACAGGAUAGAGCAUUCGAUAUCGCACCCGACGGAGUACGAAAGUGUGUGAUUUCGACGAACAUUGCCGAAACUUCGGUUACGAUUGAUGGAAUACGGUUCGUCGUCGAUUCGGGUAAAGUGAAGGAAAUGACGUUUGAUCCGACGACGCGUACUGAAAAAUUAAAGGAGUGCAUGAUUUCGAGGGCGUCUGCUGAACAAAGAAAAGGACGUGCCGGACGAACUGGUCCCGGAAUUUGUUACAGGCUGUACACGCGAGAAGAGUUUGAAAGCAUGACGGAUUUCAGUGCUCCAGAAAUCAUGCGGACAUCUCUGGACUCAUUGGUUUUACAAAUGGUUUCGAUGGGUGUGAAAGAACCGCUGUCCUUUCCAUUCAUCCAAAAGCCUGAUUCGUCUCGUUUGAAACUGGCCAUGGAGAGUCUCAUCAGUCAUGGGGCUGUCGAGCCAAAUGGGACAGUAACGACGGUUGGUGGUUUACUUGCGAUGCUUCCUGUCGACAUAAUGGUGGGGAAGUUAUUGAUCAAUGGAUGCGUUUUUGAAAGAUUGGAUAAGGUUUUGUCAAUUGCAAGUGUUCUCACGGUUCAGAAUCCCUUGACAAAUAAGUCAUACCGCGAUCCUGACUGUGUGAGCGCUCGCAAAGCUUUGAUGUCGGAUCAAGGUGAUCCUUUCAUGUUGCUCAACAUGUAUUCAGCAUGGCUGGCAGAGAAGAAUAAAACGGGCACUGGUUCUUCUUCUCGUGAGAGGUCUUCAACUACGCGUUCUUGGUGCAAGCGACGGGGUAUUGAAGAACAGCGCAUGUAUGAAGUUACCAAAAUGAGGGAUCAGUUUAUGCAGAUCGUCAAGGAAUCAGAAUUCUUGGAUCAAGCAGCCCCGAAACAGGAAACAGCUGCUCAGCGAAGAAUUCGCAUCGGCGAGCGAAGCAUGUUGCAUCAGUGGAUGAGGGAGUUCAAAAGGAAGCGUGGACUCGGUGGCGAAGGACGAAAACGAAAAGUUUUGAAGGCUCGAGACGGCGAGGUAGCUUCCGAUGACGAAGAAACCUCCGGCAAGUCCGGAAACAUUCACGAAGCAAAAGACGUGGAAUUCCGCAUGCGACGAAAUGCUGCCGAAAUUAAGAAUAUCAUUGAGCAUGACAAGGUAGAUUCGUUCCAAGACAUGGUGUUCAUGAAAGCGAUUUUGACUGCGUCUAUUUAUCCUCAAUGGGCAAUCGCUGAUCCACACAACAAUUACAAGGCCGGAACAGAGCAAAUGUAUCACACCAAAGACAAGCCAUUCGUGACAUUGCAUCCAAUGGGAAUGCUUGCGAACAACCCCGAGGUGUUGAGAGUUGGUUCAUGCGAACCCACGGUAGCAGGCUUUCCACCGGGUUCCCAGAUUUCAAACAAGCACGAACUUUUGUUGUAUUUGUCGAUGAUGGAGACCACGCGUCCAUUUUUGAUGAACACUGCACGUAUUCCUGCUGCCCAGUCCUUGUUCCUCUUUGCCCUCAACACCGACGUCGAUCACAAUUUUUCGAGGUACGUUUUCGAUGGCUGGUUGGAGGUGAGGUUUACGAAUCCGUUGGAAGGCAUGCAGCUCUUGAUCGUGGCGAGUGAGGUGCGAGUCCGUUGGAAAAAGUUGCUCGAUUUGAAGAUCAUGAGUGCCGGCCGAAAUAACGUGAAUAGAAAGGAGUACAGCCGGAACGAGAAAAUAUUCGUGAAUGGACUUGUGCAAAUUUACUUGAACGAUUCCACGUAUUCCUUGAGGAGACUUUUAGCUGCUGAUGCGAAGACCAUGUAUUAUGGCCACGACGGAACUUCGUCUUCAAGCCAUUUGCCAGAAAUGCCUGACGAUUUGAACGAACCCGAAUUUGACUCAAUCAAAGGUGGAUGGAAAUUAUCUGAUCACGUCACUUACGAUUGUCUGACGUAUGACGCUUUGUCUUCCGCUUUACCCGAAGACGGGUUGUUGUGUCCCUGUUGCGACGAUUUCAAUGAAGAUCAUCCUUAUUUAAUGUACCGCCACAUUGAGUACUGCUGUAAAGAACGAAUUGAUCAAACGGAUUUGGAUCUCGGGGAGCGAACGCGAAGAAGCGGAAGUUCCGACUCGGACGAGGACGGCACUUCAUCUGCAACAGCUCUUCUGCGAAAACGGAAGUUUCAAGGCGGGGAAAGAAAGGAUGUUUGAUUAAAGCAUUUAUUGGUUUUUGGAAACGCGAUGAGUUGUAUUACAGUACAUAUAUGCAUGUGGUUUUUUGUGAACGGAGAUGCACAAAUAUUAUUGGAAAACUUUUUUUACUGUUUUUUGCUCAUUACAUUUUUAAUUAUGGUUGUUGAUCGACUUUUUCAAGAUCGUACCACUAGAAAAUUGUUCCAUUUUUCGAGAAGCUCCCUUGAAAAUAUAAGGGUUUUGCGUUGAAAUCGCUCUGCCUUAAUUUUCUUCUGGUGACAAUGCUUUUUUGCAUGCAUUGCUGCUGAU